GAGGCGUCGUCGUUGGAAGAAGCAGUAGCCACACCCACACGCACACCCGAUCGAUCCUGGCAUCCUACUCUGCUCGAUCGAAUCGCUAGCUUUCUUCUUCUUCUUCUUCUCCUCCGUCUCCGAUGACCGCCGCGCCGGGGAGCCUCCCGCUGGUGAACUCGAGGCCCGUCUCCCUCUCCUUGGCGGCGAGCAGGUCGUCCUUCUCCAGCCUGCUCAGUGGCGGCGCCGGCUCGUCGUUGAACCUCAUGACGCCGCCGUCUUCUCUCCCGCCGUCGUCGCCGUCGUCCUACUUCGGCGGCGUCUCGUCCUCCGGGUUUCUCGACUCGCCGAUCCUCCUCACGCCCAGUUUAUUCCCAUCGCCGACGACGACGGGCGCAUUGUUCAGCUGGAUUACGACGGCGACGGCGACGGCGGCGAUAGCGCCGGAGAGCCAGGUGCAAGGAGGGGUCAAGGACGAGCAGCAACAGUACUCGGACUUCACGUUCCUGCCGACGGCGUCCACGGCGCCGGCGACGACGAUGGCCGGAGCCACCGCGACGACGUCCAACUCCUUCAUGCAGGACUCCAUGCUAAUGGCUCCAUUGGGAGGGGACCCGUACAAUGGCGAGCAGCAGCAGCCAUGGAGCUACCAAGAACCGACCAUGGACGCUGACACUAGGCCAGCGGAAUUCACCUCGUCGGCGGCGGCGGGUGACGUGGCCGGGAACGGCAGCUACAGCCAGGUGGCGGCGCCGGCGGCGGCCGGCGGCUUCCGUCAGCAGAGCCGGCGGUCGUCGGACGACGGCUACAACUGGCGCAAGUACGGGCAGAAGCAGAUGAAGGGGAGCGAGAACCCGCGCAGCUACUACAAGUGCACCUUCCCUGGCUGCCCGACCAAGAAGAAGGUGGAGCAGUCGCCGGACGGCCAGGUCACCGAGAUCGUCUACAAGGGCGCGCACAGCCACCCCAAGCCGCCGCAGAACGGCCGCGGCCGCGGCGGCUCCGGCUACGCGCUGCAUGGCGGCGCCGCCAGCGACGCAUACUCCUCCGCCGACGCGCUCUCCGGCACGCCGGUGGCGACGCCCGAGAACUCGUCGGCGUCGUUCGGGGACGACGAGGCGGUCAACGGCGUCAGCUCGUCGCUGCGGGUCGCCUCUAGCGUCGGCGGCGGCGAGGAUCUCGACGACGACGAGCCUGAUUCCAAGAGGUGGAGGAGAGACGGCGGCGACGGCGAGGGCGUCUCGCUGGUGGCCGGCAACCGGACGGUGCGUGAGCCGAGGGUGGUUGUGCAGACGAUGAGCGACAUCGACAUCCUCGACGACGGCUACCGGUGGCGCAAGUACGGGCAGAAGGUGGUCAAGGGCAACCCAAACCCAAGGAGCUACUACAAGUGCACGACGGCCGGGUGCCCCGUGCGGAAGCACGUGGAGCGCGCGUCCAACGACCUGCGCGCGGUGAUCACCACGUACGAGGGCAAGCACAACCACGACGUGCCCGCGGCGCGCGGGAGCGCCGCCGCCGCGCUCUACCGCGCCACGCCGCCGCCGCAGGCGAGCAACGCCGGCAUGAUGCCCACCACGGCGCAGCCCUCGAGCUACCUGCAGGGCGGCGGCGGCGUCCUUCCGGCCGGCGGGUACGGCGCGUCGUACGGCGGCGCGCCGACGACGACGCAGCCCGCGAACGGCGGUGGCUUCGCCGCCCUGUCCGGCCGGUUCGACGACGACGCGACGGGAGCGUCUUACUCUUACACGAGCCAGCAGCAGCAGCAGCCGAACGACGCGGUGUACUACGCGUCGAGAGCCAAGGAUGAGCCGAGAGACGACGGCAUCAUGUCGUUCUUUGAGCAGCCGCUGCUGUUUUGAUCAUCUAAUCGGGCCGUCAAUUUGAUCAGCAUGCAUGAUCCAUGGAUGUUGUGUACAUGUGUAUGUGGAGUGAGUUAGCUUAGCUCCGGUAAGGUUUGUGACUUUGUUUCAUUUGUUUCGGAGGCCCGGGCCAUGCAGCUGAUGUCUGCAGAAAGCAGGGUGACCUUCGUUUUAACGCGUUGCAAUUGCACAGAGGGCGUAUAGGGAGAACGAGAAAAUAAUUAAGAUCAGUUUUUAGCUGCUUAACUUUUUUUUUUCAAAUGAAAAAUUUGUUGUAGUAUGCAAAUGUAAACUGUAAACACAAUUUGGAUAUAUUGUAUUAAAUUAUUCAUAUGUCCCCAUUGUGGUAGAUUUAACAUUUCGUUCUAUGGCUUUGCUAUGUAUGAAUUGUCAGGCGUUAAUUUGUUGAAGUACAAUGAAUGGUGAAUUGUUGGCUCUUUCUCGUCAA